UUCCAGUUACUGCAAAUCAAAACGCCACCAUAACAAACUCUCUCUAUACACACACACGUCUCUGUGUUAUCGCAAAUCCCACCACUCUGCAAUUUUUUUCACCAAACCAAUUUCCACUCGUAAACAUCCAAAUCCAGGAAAAUCUUAAAUCCAAAGCUAAUCGUUUGUUGUGAAAAAAAAGGGGGAAAGGCAGUUGUGACUUGUGAGACUAGACCAACUCCUCCCACCACCCAUAAAGCCAUCAUUUUUAUUCACAUUCAUUCAAGAAAUCAAGAAACUUUAUACUCACACACCCCCCAAAACGCCAAGAAAUCCAAAUCCCAUUUCUCUCUGAAUCCCACAUUGAUCCCCUGAUAUGGUUUCACAGCCCAAAUGGGUUUUCCGGGUCUGAAUCAAGAUCACUGAUUUCAUACCAGAACGUGAAAAAAAAAAAACAAGACAAGACGGAUUGCAAUGGCGAGACGGCAAUCUUCGCCGGAGAUAGAGAUAAAGGUGGUCACUCCGCAGCGGGGUGACAACGUGGUCCACCCGGAGGGCCCACCUCCGGCACAGUCGCCGGCGCUGUCGAGGACCUUCAGCGACUACAGGCCGUUCAAGAGGUGGAAAUCGUGGCUGGUGCCGUGGUUUGUUGUGAUCAACAUUGUGGUGUUUGUGAUCACCAUGUUCGUGAAUAACUGCCCCAAGAACUCUGAUAGAUGCAUUGCUCGGUUUCUGGGUCGCUUUUCGUUUCAGCCCUUCAAAGAAAACCCACUUCUGGGGCCAUCUUCAUCCACAUUAGACAAGAUGGGUGCUCUAGAAGUGCAGAAAAUGAUCCAUGGACGCCACCAGGCAUGGCGGUUGCUCUCCUGUAUGUGGCUACAUGCUGGAGUUUUCCAUGUACUGGCCAAUAUGCUGAGUCUUGUAUUUAUUGGAAUUCGGCUUGAGCAAGAAUUUGGGUUUGUCCGAAUUGGGUUGGUUUAUGUCAUCUCUGGUUUUGGCGGGAGUUUGCUCUCAGCACUUUUUAUCAAAAAUGGUAUUUCUGUUGGCGCUUCUGGUGCACUUUUUGGUUUACUAGGAAGCAUGCUUUCAGAGCUUAUAUCAAACUGGACAAUAUAUGCAAACAAGUUAGCGGCAUUGCUUACUCUCAUUUUCAUCAUUGUAAUAAAUUUAGCAGUGGGAAUUCUUCCACAUGUGGACAACUUUGCUCAUAUUGGAGGAUUUGUUUCUGGAUUUCUCCUUGGAUUUGUGUUUCUGAUCCGCCCCCAGUAUAAAUGGGUUAAUCAAAUGAAUGCUCGGCCUGGAAGUAUUACAACUCCAGUUAGAUCUAAACACAAGACCUAUCAGUAUGUAUUGUGGGUUAUCUCUCUGAUACUACUGAUUGCUGGGUAUACUCUUGCCCUGAUUUAUCUCCUAAGAGGAGUCAAUCUGAAUGACUACUGUUCCUGGUGUCAUUAUUUGAGCUGUGUCCCAACCUCCAAAUGGAAGUGCCAGCCACGCCAAAUUGAGUGUUUGACAAACCAGCUUGGAAAUCAACUGAACUUGACUUGCUCAAGCAACGGGAGAAUGGGCACAUAUUCGUUGGCAGAUAACAGCCCUUCCCAGAUUCAGCAGCUAUGUACGGAGCUUUGCAGUUGACAUACAUAUACAUACAGAUGCAAGAAAUGAUAGAAAAUGUGGUUCAAUCUUAUACCUGUAGAGAAUAAUCUUGUGUAUUCACCAAGCAAUGGUUUUCAUUGGUAAUAUAUUCUUUCCAUUCUUUUA